AAGAAUGUGUGUCUACUUAUAUUAUCGAUCCUCAAGAAGAAAAAUUCUUGUCUACUAAUACUGCUAGUUCUCUAGUAAAAUAUAUAUCUACUUGUGUUAAUAGUUUUCCGGAAGGAGAAAAUGGAUCUAGUUCUCUAGUAGAAUAUACAUCUACUUGUGUUAAUGGUUCUCCAGAAGGAGAAAAUGGAUCUAGUUCUUCAGUAGAAUAUACAUCUACUUGUAUUGAUGGUUCUCCAGAAGGAUAA